ACGUUGUUGCAUGUGAUGACAGGUGAUAGCGUUGGUGAGCAGCAGCUGGACUCGUGGUACGACGCCCGCUGUGAUGUCUGGUCACUGGGUAUCACUGCUAUCGAACUGGCGCAGGGUGACCCUCCUCUGUCAGACUUGCACCCUAUGCGGGCGCUGUUCCAAAUACCACGCAACCCACCACCAACGCUGGAACGGACUGACUGCCCUGACCUGGCAGACUUCGUGGCUGAGCUACUUGUCAAAGACCUGGAGCAACGGCCUUUCGCUAAGGAACUUCUCAGGCAUCCCCUCAUGAAGAAAGGAGCAGUGUGCGCUCAAAAGGUGCGGGCUGAACUUCAGGCUGAAAUCAAACGACAACGUGUGAGUGGACGUUGCCACAGACAGCCUGAAGUAACCACAAAACAUGGGAAACUGAAGACUGACCGGAAAGAAAUGCCUCGGAAGAUGUAUGUCGACGAUUUAGCAGUUCUUGAUAUUUUAACCGAGGACUCAAUAGUUGAACAGCUUCAACAGAGGUAUGAGAUGAACCAAAUCUACACUUACAUUGGUGAUAUUCUUGUGGCUGUGAACCCAUUUACUGACCUUGGCAUGUACACACCAAUGGAACAGAAGCGAUACUGUAGUCAGUCUCGUAGUGCAAACCCUCCACACAUUUUUGCGGUAGCUGACGCAGCGUAUCAGGCGCUGAUGCACCAAAGAAUCAGCCAAAGUAUAGUCAUCAGUGGGGAGAGUGGUGCAGGAAAGACCGAGAGUGGCAACUUGCUCCUCAAACAACUUGUCUUCCUAGGCAAGGCACCAAAUCGUGACCUGGAGGCUCGUAUUCUCCAAGUAAACCCAAUCAUGGAGGCAUUUGGCAACGCUCAGACAGGGAUCAACUCCAACUCAUCGAGGUUUGGGAAAUUCCUGGAAUUGAGUAUGACAAGAGGUGGUCGUGUGACAGGCGCUCGACUCUCUGUUUACCUCUUGGAGCAAUCUCGGGUUGCGCAGCAGAUGCAAAGUGAAAGAAACUUCCAUGUGUUUUACUACCUAUACGAUGGCCUCAACAAUGAUGGUAGGCUAGCAGAGUUCCACCUGGAUCCCUUACUACGAACACGGCACACCUUCCUCACUGCUGACAGUCAGGACGUCCUGAGUCGCCAGAACAAUGUACAAAAAUUCAGAGAGCUGAAGUCUGCAUUUGAGGUGGUCGGGUUCAGAGACGGUGAGGUCAACUCAAUUUACCGAGUCAUCUCAGGUAUCCUACACCUUGGGGAUAUUGAAUUCGGAGAAGUGAUCUCAGAUGACAACACUGACAACAAGAGUAGAGUCAUCGAUCUUGCACCUUUACACCGAGGUUCCAGCUUACUGGGGAUAGAAGCAAGUGACCUGCUGGAGUGCCUGACAGCAAACAGUGUCGUAACCCGAGGAGAAACCAUAACCAGGAAUAACUCUGUGGUGGAAGCCAUUGCCACGAGAGAUGCAAUGGCAAAGGCCCUCUACAGUCGGCUUUUUGACUGGCUUGUCAACUGUGUCAAUAGCCUGCUGUCUUUCAACUCAAGAGGGGAGCAACUAGUCAUAGGUUUGCUGGAUAUUUUUGGUUUUGAAAACUUUGCCCACAACUCGUUUGAACAACUGUGUAUCAACGUGGCUAACGAACAGAUCCAAUAUUACUUCAACCAGCACAUCUUCACUUGGGAGCAGCAGGAGUACAUGGCUGAGGGUAUACCAGUAGACCUGGUGGAGUUCACAGACAACCGGCCAGUGUUGGACAUGUUGCUCUCUCGCCCACUGGGACUGCUGGCAUUGCUGGACGAGGAGAGUCGCUUUCCUCGCUCUACUGACCGCUCUCUCAUUGAAAAAUUCCAUGCAAAUGUAAAGAGCAAACUGUACAUCAGGCCAAAGUCAAAUGCUCUUUGCUUUGCGAUACAACACUUUGCGGGUCGAGUGGUCUACCAGGCUGAGGGGUUCCUGGACAAGAACCGCCACUUCCUGGCACCAGAAGUGAUCCAGCUGCUGAGGACUUCAGUGGUAGACACAGUCCGCUACCUCUUCCAGUGCCCCAUCACCAAAACGGGGAAUCUAUUCUCAGCUAGCCCUGCUGACACCCCUGCCGGCACCAGGGAUGCAAACCGUUGUGCAAGUGUGAUGGCGCUACAAUCACAGUCUCGGGCCCAGCAGACAGCAGCUACGUAUUUCCGCUACUCGCUGAUGGAACUGCUGCAGAAGAUGGUAGCUGGGGCACCGCAGUUCGUCCGCUGUAUCAAACCUAAUGACCAGAAGUCCCCGAGGAUGUUUGACCCGGCCAAGGUUGUCCGCCAGCUCAGGUACACAGGAGUCCUUGAGACUAUAAGAAUCCGCCAGCACGGUUUCUCCCAUCGAAUACCAUUUGCGGAAUUCCUUAAAAGAUAUUGCUUUCUUGCAUUCGGGUUUGAUGAGAGAGUUAUGGCAACAAGAGACAACUGUCGUUUGUUACUGGUUAGGCUUAAAAUGGAUGGCUGGGCUCUCGGCAAGACCAAAGUGUUCCUUAAAUACUACCACAUUGAAUACCUCUCCAAAUUAUAUGAAGAUCAGGUGCGCAAGAUCGUUUUAGUACAGUGCUGUGUGAGGCGGUGGUUGGCCCGCACGAGGUACCAGAAGGUGAGGUGGCAACUGGCGUCGAGCGUUGUGACACUACAAAGGUAUGUCCGGGGCUGGAUUGCUCGCAAAGAAUUGGAGACACGAAAGAACAAGGAAGAAAACAGGAAGAACAACGCGAAAAACAAGGCCAUGCGGAAACAGAAGAGUGCAGAGAAGGACAGAGAAAUUACAACGCAACAGAUGGAAGACAACUCAGCAAGUCCUAUAUCAGAACUGGGCACCCCCUGGGGCAAUGUGCAGAUGAGAAGGAAGUUCUUCUCGGAACUUGAAGACAAAGAUGAGGCUGCCACAAUCAUUCAAAGCCAUUUCAGAGGUUAUACUGUAAGGAGACACUGGGCACCAGAAGUGGCCAGAAGAAUACACAAUGGCAUGCAGAAUGCAGUACCAGUUUCACCAGUAAAGACUAAGCCAACAGAUCGUCAAGCUCAGCUAAUUACUCUGUCCCAGGAUGUACACAUGAAAAAUCAAGAUGUCCAUAAAUACCUGAGAAACAACAAACAGGGCGUCCACUUAAACAAUAUUGAGGAGACCAAACGAGUUUAUGGACAGAAAUCUGUUGUGCAUGAAGUAGCAAAGAAGCAUGGUGCCAGUUCCUAUUACAAACAAGUACAAGAAGAGAUGAAUAGUCCGUCACCGGAUUCAUCAGAUGAGAUUUCGGCCUGGGACUUGCCGAUCAUCCAGCUGGAAAACCAACUUCGUCCCCUCAGGCCACGGAUGGUGACUCUCAGUAUAGAAGCAGAACGCAGAGAACUGCUCAAUGCAGGGAGGAACAACCUCCACUGGCAGAGUCCACCCGUGACACCGAGAUCAAUUCAUCAACCGGACAUCCAACCCCCUUGGCCACGGAAGAAAUGAAUGGACCAUACGAUUUUCGGCAACUGCUGCGACCAACAGAACACCCCCCCACCGAGUCACUGCGCAAACGGCUCAGCGAACGAUGUCAAAACCGAACUCCAAAUGUCAAAGUUGUGUAAAUACUAAGUGUCGUUAAAAUCUGCUCUGUGAACAUCACUUCGUCAAAGACUUACGAAACCAAAGAUUCUCUUAUCCUAAGUUUUAUGUAUAAAAGUUUCCUAUUUAUAUGUUCUUUUUUAGGCUACCUGGAAACGUAAAAUGUUACGUCUUAGUAUUUAUUAGUACAGUGAUGACUGAAUAGUACAAAUGUGUAAUAUUAGUGAUUGUAGUGAGUAAAUGAGGUUUUAUGUACUGUCAAUAUUCUAAACACAUUUUUAACAUUGCAUUAAGCAGGAUUUAUUAUGAUAGAAGUAUUAUUAUUAUACUUUAUGAACAAAUACAAUUACUUACAAUUCUAAUUGACUUUUUUAUUGUUUUUUUACUCUUUUAAGAGAUGAAUGCAUUUUUUAUAAAAUGCAGAAUAAUAUUUGCCCUUUCACACUGUGAAAUAAGCAUUCUUUUAUGAUGAAAUAUGGCUGGUAUAAAUUAUUCUUUAUAAAAUUUUAUUUUAUAAUAAAAAACAUUUCCUGUGUUGUUUUAUUUAAAUAAAUUUCAGUUUAUGAGUGAAAUAUUUGAAGCUUUUUAUAAACUUUGCUGUAAUGCAGUGUUAUUUAUUAUUAUCUAUAAUUUUAAUUCAUAAAUUUCCAGUCCAUUUAAAAUUAUAGCCACAUUGAAGGCCCAUUUAAAUUGUUACUGAAUUGUUAGAAGAAAAUAAGUAGAAUACUUGUUUGGGUUAUUUACUCUUACCUUUUUUUAAACUUAAUAAUAUUUUUGACUGUGUGCUUUAUUUUUAGAAUUUUAAUUUCUAAUAAGAAUCAGCAGACCAACACUUGAAAAUGUCCGAGUUGUUGGCCCAGAUUACUGUAUAAUUUCCUAGUAUUAUUAUUUCUCUUCUAAAAUUCUGAUUAAGCUUUCAUAAUACUGCAUAUUUUGUAUGACACUGUUACUAUUGUGAUACAGUGAUAAUUUAGAGAUUAUUUUUAUAGAAUUUAACCUGGUCGAUGUGUUUUAAUAAUUGUUGUGUAUAUAAAUUACAAACAAACCAAUCUGGAUGCAUAUAGCUUCUUUCUGUCAUUCCGAAUAAUUAGGAGAUUCAAAGCAAACUUAAAUUUUACAUUCAGGUGUCUUUAUCAUAGUGGUUGAGGUAAUCAAGAGCAGAAUUCCAGGUAGCCUCUUUAAGAUUUGACAGUAUUUUAAUGUUAUUAAUUACGAGAGUUUAUUAAAAUGUGUGUGU